CCAUUUUUUGUUAUCUCACUUUAUCUUCCAAAGAUUAAAGAUAAGAUGCAUUUAGAUCGAUAUUCAAACUCGAAAACCAACUGAGACCUUGUCUCUAAGUCUAAGAAGAUUGACAUUUUUUUAACGCAUAGCCGUCCAAUUUUGUUUAACAUGGCCGACUUAAAGCUACUAAAUGACGAGCAAAAGGCGAAUCUUAACAAGUUUAGGAAUAUUGUGAAAGAUUUCAAAUUAAAAGAUUCCAGUGACGAAUAUCUUCUCAAAUGGCUGAUUGUACAGGAUUUCAACGUAACCCGUGCUGAGAACAUGCUCAGACAGUCUUUAGAAUGGCGGAGAGUCAGGGAAGCGGAUGAUAUACUGGAUACCUACACUCCUAUUGAAGUCAUGAGAAAAUAUUUUUCCAUUGGACAAGUUGGAAUCGACAAAUUCGGUUGUCCCGUUUUUGCAUGUUCUUUUGGAAGAAUAGACAUAAAAGGAAUUCGAUUAUGUUUGACAAACAAGGAAUAUAACAAUUUCGUGACGUGGCUAUUAGAAACAUUUGUUCUGUCUGUUCAAAAGGAAAUCGAACGAACGGGCAAACUAACACUUCAAAUGGUAUUCAUUCUCGAUUUUGAACAUUUUUCGAUGAAACAAUUAGCGAGCAAGCUAGCUGUGGAGACUAUACUGGACAUCGUUAAACACUUUUUGGCCAAUUACCCAGACCUUUUCCGUCGGGCAUUCGUCAUCAACGCACCCAGGAUUUUCUCUGUGCUCUUCGCCAUGAUCAAACCUUUAAUACCAGCCACCGAUUUCCCCAAAAUCAAGAUAUUCGCUGCUAACAAAAGUGAAUGGCUACCUGCUCUACUAGAAGAAAUUGACGCUGAUCAACUUCCUUCCUUUUACGGUGGUACAUUGACCGAUCCGGAUGGUAAUCCGAAAUGUCCCAGCAAGUUUAACAUGGGCGGUGAGGUGCCUCACACUUAUUACCUGAGUAAUAACGGACCCAUUGCCAAGAAUUACAUGGAAACGGUGAACAUCAUGGCUGGAGUUAGUGGGAAAAAGAAAUUUAAAUUUAAAGUCGACGUGCCUGAAUCUGUCAUGAGAUGGGAAUUCAUGACGGAAGGAGGUGAUAUUUCAUUCCGAAUUUAUAGCAAAGAUUCGAAAGAAGAUUUAGUUCCGCUCGUUCGAGUCGACAGUCAUUUGGCGAUGGAAGAAGGUCAAGUGACUUGUGAUCAACUAGGCAAAUACGUCUUUGAAUUCGACAAUAGCUUUAGCUACUUGAGAACAAAGAAGGUUCGCUACCACAUCACUGUUCAUCCACCAUCGGAGAAAGUGUAACCAACGAAACGUUUUGUAUGUAUUGCCAUUGAAUUGGUUGCGCGGCAAAAAUAGAUGCGUAAUCCCCUGAAA